AGAAUUUGAAUUUGAAUUUGAGAAGAGCGAGAGAGAGCGAAAAAAUGGCGGCAACGAGUGACGAAGAAAUGGAGUCACUGCUCUCCGCUUUCGAUCAGAUCUACGAGGAUGUUAAGAUCGGCAUUUCAGAGCUGCAAUCGCUGCAAUCCAACCACAAAACAGAGUUGAAGCUUCGGGAAUCUCUCCAACUCGCUUGCACCACCCUCAAACGAGAAAAUGACGAAUUGGUUAAACUCUACAUGGAUCCCAUCAAGAAUGUUGCUGAUCAGCUUGAUUUCCGCACAAAAUGCCUGAACUUGAAAGAGGAGUUAGAAAGAUUAAAUAAUCAAGUUAUCUCUAAAGAAGAUGGACAUAGGGAGGCUAUGAAAUUGCUUAAGCAAGAAUAUGAAGAAAAAAUUGCAAGUUUAGAAGCUCGAGUUAAUGAAUCUCUGAAUGAGGAAGCAACAUACCGAGCUACCAUUAAUCAACUCCAUCAAGAUUUAGCAUCGCAUAAAAGUCAUAUGCAAGUUCUGGCGAGCAGGUUGGACCAAAUCCAUUUUGAAGUGGAAUCAAAAUAUAAUGUUGAGAUUCAGGAUUUGAAGGAUUGCCUUAUGAUUGAGCAGGAAGAAAAAAAAGGGUUAAACAGAAAAGUCCAAAAUUUAGAAAAGGAAUUGCUGAUUUGUAAAUCAAAGCUGGAUGACCAGCAGCAGGACAUGACCUCAAAUUGGCAGGUGGAAACGCUUAAGCAGAAAAUCAUGAAACUGAGAAAGGAGAACGAGGUCCUGAAAAGAAAGCUAUCUCAUUCUGAAGAGAGCAAGUGAUGUCGGGUGAGGAUAUGGCAUCGGCUAUUUACCAAGGUAGAGGUAAUAUACCUUCUAAGUAAAGCAAACAAACGUUUCUGCUUAAGAGCUUGGAUGAUUUUACAAAUAGUAUUAACAAUGAACUUGGUAAAAAGGUUUUAAAAAGUGAAACAUAAGAUUUUUGAACAAUAUUAUUUUAAUAUGAUAAUCACAAUUCUUGUAUCCAUAGUUCAUAAAGUGUUUUUAAUUGUUACAAAAGAAAGAAUUAUAAUGAAAGAUACAGUAGAGUCAUGACAGUUAUCUACUCAGCUAGAUGCAAAGAUAUAGAUGGAUAUGAACGUAUAGGAAAAAUCUCAUAAAUACACUUCUUUAAGUGGGAAUAUAUCUUUUUUAUGUUGAAAUUUCAUAGGCAACAUAUGAAAAUUUACAUGUCAUCUUCUUCACCAACAACAACAACUAAUAUGGAUAGCACUACGCCAUUGUGCUCGAUAGAAAGCCAGAUUAUGAGAAAUAUAUUAACAAUGAGAUCAUUUUUAACAAUAUCUUCCCGAUAACGUUUCCACCCUUGAUAUAUAAAAGUAUUGUGUCACUGAGAUUGAAUGAGUAAAAUGACUAUACCCUCUCUAACCCUACUCCAUUCUCCUUCAAUGAUUCAAUCUAUUGCUUGUCUCUGUCCAUUUCACUUGUUCUCUUCAAUUAAAGUUCAAAUAAGAAGUGAAACGAGAAUGAGGCAGACUUUUGACUCCAUUUCUACGAAUUCAUUGCUUGAAGCAUUUUUCUCACUGACACCCUCAACUGGAAAUGUUAGUGCUGAAGAAGUCAUUUGAAUUUAUGGGCUCCAACGACCUAUUGGAAAUUUUGCUUUUGUGCUUAAUGCAUUGUGUCUUUUUUGUGUUUCCACUUCUUUAACGUGGUGGGCUUUAGAUGGUAAAAUUAGAUGCUAAAUAAUGGAAAUUCCUUAAUUACCUUUGACACUUUCCUAUUCUCAAGCAUUGCGAAUUAUCUACAUUUAUGAGACAAAUCACAUUGACGUCAUGAUAUUUGGAAUUGAUUUUUUCCCCCAAAUCAGUGGGAGUACAUCAUUGAAAUUGAUUUUUUAACGUUAUAAAUAAUGGUGAUUUAAUGACCAUUAUAACCAUAUAGCAUUUGUGAUCUGCAUAUUGCUGGUGGAAAACAGUUUGAGUGUAAUAUCG